UAUGAUGGAAAAUGGCUGCCAACUACCUAGCCUAGCUUUUUGCGACGUGCGAGUAAUGAAUGUUCGGGUGUUCUAUCGUGUUAACUGAUUAAUUCAAAGAAACAAAUUAUUUAAAAAGGACACGAAUACCACUGAUUUUUAACGUGAAAUUGAUUAUGUGGUAAUAAUUUAGUUCGCUAAAAAUUCGAUAAAGCACAAGUUAUAAAAACUAACAUGGCGGUCUAAUAAUCAACCAAUGGGAGGCCAGAAGCAAGCGUUUCAGAAUUGCAUGUACCUAUUCACAUUUCGCGUCAUUAGGUUUUUGGUGCCUUCUGUAAAUUAGAUAAAAUUUUAAUAGAGUUAUCAGUGAAUUGAAAAACUUUUGUAAUUUUGCUAAAAAAAUACCAUGAGAAUUGUUUUGUGAAUUGAAACAUCGGUUUUGUUGGAAGCGUCAUCUGAGGCUGAGAUUAUGAAUCCUUUAGAUUUAGGAUGAAGCUAAAUACUAUAAGAAACAACAUUUUGUUUUUGUAAACAAGAAUGUGUUUGCUAUACACGUGCGAAAUUGUGUUUAAUUGACAGUUGUACGCAAAGAUGUCGGGGAGGGGGGCCAAAAAACGCGGGAGACCCCCAAAAUCAGGAACUUUUGAAAAGAAUAGAAAAUUCCAAUAUCAUUUAUUAAAGAAACCUAAAUAUUUACAAGCACAAAACAUAGGUUCUGGUUCAUUAGCAAGCACUCCUUCUGCAUCGAGAGCAUCAUCGCCACAGGGAAGUGAUACAAGCAAACGAAGUACACGAAAACAGAGAGGAGGUAAAUCACAUAAAAGUCGAAGAGGAGGUUUAUCAAAUGCUUAUUCUAGAAGAGGAUAUAAUCCUCAAGCGGCAGACUAUCACGAAUCCGAGUACCACUAUGGAUCUGAUUUUGGUGAUGAGCUUAGUGAUAGAUCAGAACCUGAAGAGGAUCGUGUAAGUGAAAGUACAGAUGGAUCAGUUAGUGAAGGUGCAGCAAGUGAUAGUGACUUUUCUGUUAGUAGUUUUAAUUCUACAGUUGGUACUCCUAGGAAACCCACAAAUAUCAAUAGGCCACCUAGUCCAGAUCCACUAUGGUUACAACAGGAAAGACAGAUACCCCAUUUAGAUUUGCCAUCCUCAUCUGAUGAUUUAAUAAUUCCCCAUAAUACAGUGUUACAAGUGGUAGGUGUCUAUGAAGUUUUACGCCAUUUCAGACAUCUUGUAAGGCUUUCUCCAUUUAGAUUAGAGGACCUUUGUGCAGCAAUCAGUUGUGAAGAGCAAAGUAAUUUAUUAACCGAAGUACAUAUAAUGUUAUUACGGGCUUUAUUACGAGAAGAAGAUGCCCAACAAACUCACUUUGGCCCCUUAGAUCAUAAAGACAGUGUUAAUAUAACAUUAUUUCUAUUAGAUGUUAUGACUUGGCCUGAAGUAUUACGAGUGUAUGUGGAUAGUGACAAAACAUUUGAUAAGAACAUUUCUAGGAUUUUGAAUUCAUGUGAAUAUCCAUUUACAACAGUGGAAGACCGACUUUCAGUUCUUCAAUUUUUAUGUAACCAAUUUUUAAUAACCAACCCAGUACGUGAUGAUUUAAUAAGUGAAGUUCCUAUACAUUAUGAUGACCAUUGUCGAGUAUGUCACCGUUUAGGUGAUCUAUUGUGUUGUGAAACCUGUCCUGCUGUUUACCAUUUGGAAUGUGUGGAUCCCCCUCUAGAGGAUGUACCCUCAGAAGAUUGGCAAUGUGCUUUAUGUAAACAACAUAAAACAGUUGGUGUUACAGACUGUUUAUCGGAUGCUGAAAAACAAGGAAUAUUAUGUCGUCAUGAGCACUUAGGUUUUGAUAGACACGGUAGAAAAUAUUGGUUUAUUGCGAGAAGAAUUUUCAUAGAGGCUGAAAAUGGAGAUGUCUGGUACUACACAACAGCUCAGCAAUUUCAGGAAUUGCUUGAUAUCUUAGACAGUAAAGAAAUGGAAGCACCCCUUGUACGUGAACUUUUAGAAAUGAAAGAUGAGAUACUUCGUCAAAUGGAUGUAACAGAAAAACUGACAAAUCAAGUCAAAGGCAAUCGUAAAUCUUAUUUAGAAGUACAGAAUGCUAAUAUAAUUAAACAAAGGAAACAAAAAGAUCAAGGAAUCAAUGAAGAUGAAAAGCAUCCAGAUCUGCCACUGAUGUCUGAUGGCGACAUAGUGAAUGAAGUUACUGUUACUAGUGAUGAACCUGAAAGAAAUGAAGAUGAUGACUCUAAUGAUGAUGAAAAUAAAGUAAAGAGUAGUAGAACUAAAAUGAUGGUGAAGAAAAAUGAUGAAGUGACCGAAAGAUUAACACGACAGAAGACCAACCAAAUAUCUAAUGGAACUUACUUAUUUAAACUUGGCAAUGAAAAUGCAUUUAAAACAUAUGUGAAUCAAUAUACAACAAAUCCUUUGGCUCUUAACAAACCACAAAGAAAUGAAGAAAGAGAUAAAAAGCGUUACAUUUCACAUAAGUUUUCUUUAUCAUCGGGUCAAGAAUUUAAAUGGAUUGGUUUAUUAAAUGCUACUAAGCCAUUGCUAGUGGCGACACUACGGCAGACGUUACUGCAUUUAGAGUCAAAUAUAGUAUUACAAUUCAUGCAUCCCAAUUGGAACUUACUUAGAAAGCCAUGGGUGCAAGCAGUACAACUCUGUCAAGCACCUAGAGACUUCGCUAGAGCCCUUUGUGUACUUCAGGCAUGUAUAAAAAGUGCAGUAUGGGUACCAGCCUGGCAUGAACAGUUAGGACAUGUUCGUUUAAUGCGCACUACUGCUGUUGAGCGUGAAGAAAGAAAGAAGCUUGAUAAAAGAGAGAAAAAAGAAAGAGAUGAGGAAGAAGAAAGAUACCGAACAGCUUAUAAUUUUGUGAAAUACUCAUUAGGUCUUCAUCAUCAGGUUUGGAAGCAAAAAGGUGAAGAGUAUAGAAUUCAUGGACAAUGGGGUUGGUUAUGGAAUUCCACAACAAGAAAAUUUAAAAAAAGAUAUACAAAUGUUAAAUUAUCUUUAAAUAAUGGUCCAGCAAAAAUAGCAGUUAGAGUACGAGAAGGCAGCAUCAUUAAAGUUCUGGCUGUGGAACCUAAAACAUAUGAAUACUUGACAUCAGAUGGCUCUGCAGACCAAGAUGUUUUGGCAAAGUUGCCACCGUCAAUGAGGAACAUGACCUUAGAGAAAGACACAGAGGAUUUUGAAGAGAUUGAUGUUGAGAAAGCUUUAAGUUCAUCAACCCGGCGAUAUUACCCUAAAAUUGCUAGAAAAUCAAAAUUAGAUGAUUUCCUAGCUAGACGUACAUAUUUAAAGUUUAUGGAGGAAAAGAAAAUAGGAAAUUUAAUGAAUAAUGUAAAAAAAGAAGAUAUUGAUGUUAAAAGUGAAGAAGAUAAAAACAUAGAUAUUGAAAAUGAAGAUACAGAAGUUGAUAGCUCUGCAAUUUGUAACAUCACUCAAACUAAAAGUGAAUCAAAUACAAUGAGUAUGGAUAUAGAAAUAUUGAGAGAAAAAUAUUUGAAAUUAAAUUCAUUAACAAAACAGUAUAGAUGUUAUUCUUCAGACUGUAAUAAAGUAGAAUCAUCUGUUUAUAAUAUCGAUCUGAAAUAUAAGUGCUUUUCACCAUUGUGUAUGGAAAAGGGAAAUUUACUGAAUAAUUUAUUGACAUUGUUAAAAAGUGGUUCUGCUAACAAUGCAAGUUUAAAUUCAAAAGAAAACAACAAAAUGUCCAUAUUAGAACAGUAUUUGUUAGGUAAAAGUUCAAAUUCAAAUGAGAAUAUUUUAACUGACCUACUUUCGGCAGUUGCUUGUGCUCAGGAGUGUGAUAAUAAAAACACUGAUUGUUAUGUUAAACGGAAGUCCAGUGGUGAUUUUGAUAUACCUGCUAAAGUAGAAAAGAGUGAAAAUGAAAAUAAUAGCUGCCUAUUAAAGAGUGAAAAUACACUGGAGGAAUGUGCUGUUCCUGCUGUUGGUAAUGAGAUGGAUAUUGACAUUGGUAACAAUAAUGUUGAGGAUAAUGAAGUUGAAAUUGGACCACUUAAAGAGCUUACUGACACUGAUUGCCCAAAUGCAGAGAAUGCUGAAGAAAAGACACGUCCUCCAAUUCCCAAACUAAAAAUAACGCGGGGAAAAUCCGCUAAACAGAAUAAAGAAGCGAAAAAUUACGAAUGUUCAGUGAAGUCAGAAAAAAGUGCAGAUGUGCCCAAGUAUCGUGCUACGAUAAAUAGGAGAUUUGGAACUAAAGGUGUUAAAAAGGAAGAAAAAACAAUAAAGGAGGAGAAGACGAAAAGUGGAAUAAUUCGGGUAUAUUCUACUGAAAGACCUAAUGGAAAACUAUAUUUGAAAAAAGUCCAAACUGCAGCUAUAGAAAAAAAGAAGAAAAGAACUCCAGUUAAAUAUCCACCAUGUUCAUCAUUCCACACUAAAAGUAAAGCAAAAACUAUUAUGGUUUUGCCACACCAUGAAUUAAGAAAGUUGUGUAGACAAGGAGGUCAUACCACUGUUACUGGAUUUAGUCAUAGUGCCAAGCCCAAUCAAUUGGUUUGGCCAUAUCCUUGUGCUAGGCCUCUUUUUAAAACAUGUUGGCUUUAUAGAACUGUUAAUCUGCAAUGGCUCGCAAGUGCUGCUUUACAAUUGAGAGUUAUGUGGGCAUGUUUACGGUGGGAUGAUAUGGCAGCAAAACCAGCUACUGCAGAUGGCAAACAUCAACUUACAACAGAUACUGAAAUUGUUUCACUAGAGCUGUUAAAACACCGGCAUAUAGGACAAUUUUCUGAAAGAACACAGUAUCUACGGCGACGUGUUGUUAUUCCUUUGGAAUUGCCGAAAACUGUUCGUGAAGUAACAUCAAUACGUAGUGGUUUAAGAAAACGAAAACGUGCUGAAUCUCCACAAAACACUGAACCACAGGUAACUGAGGAAUGGGUUGAUGAAGAUAAAUUAGAAUUGUGGGAGGUACGACAAUAUGGAGAAAGAGCUGAGCGUGUAACGCCAGUAACGCGAACAUCGACAGGAAAAUUACCACAGCGAAGUACUGCUCCUACACCCGCCAAUGCAUCUGAUAUUAAAGAUAAAAUGGAACAGCAGUUACGUGAACAGCGCGCUGCUCAUCAACAGAAAAGGGCUCUUGAAUUGUCACAAGACAAAUCAAAAGGCACACCAAAUUCUGGCAAAAAUACUCUCUCUACAUUGUUAUCUUCAAAUACACCUACAUCUGGGGGACAAAAAACUGUAAUUGGGACCAGAAGAAUCAUAAUGACGAAGGGAGCAGAUGGAACAACUCGUGUUAUUAGCCAACCUAUAACUGGUGUUAAGUUAUCUGGUGAAACUCCAUCUAAAGUGACUCCGCAAAAGGAGUCCACACCACAAAAAGUUCAAAUAAUUCGAGGUCCAGAUGGAAAGAUCACUGUUAGGGGUCUUCUGCCGGGACAGCAAUUAGUUCAAAUGUCAGAUGGUAAAUUGCACGUUAUGAUGGCUGGACAACAGGGGAUCACUGGUCAGUUAAUUGCCGCAUCACCCUGUAAAUCUGAAGCAGAAAAAUGUCAAAAUGUUAGCAAUGAAAAGAAUUCUAACACGGCUAACCAAGAAGAUACCAAAUCCGGUACACCCCGCCUCACGAUACAGGCUUCGCAGCAAGCGUCGCCUGCAGGUCGGCACAUUGUGGUGCAGCCGGCUCAGCAAGUCGUCGUGCAGACCUCACAGCAGGUCGUCGUGCAGCCGUCGCAGCAGCUGAUGGUGCAACCGGCGCAGCAGAUAGUCGUGCAGGCAGGGACACGGAUGGCGAGUCAACCGCGCAUGCAGACCGUCCUCGUGCAGCGUGCGACCACGCAGCUGCGGCCUGCGUCGCCGGCCCCGCGAACGCAGACGCCACGUCCGCGCACGCCAGCUACACAGCAGAUAGUCGUGAACAAUCCGGCCCUUGUCCAACAGCUGGCUGCUGGGAAGAUUCACUUGGCUACAGUGAACGGCCAACAAGUUCUCAUCCGUCCAACGGGCAAUAACCAAGCUCAAAUAGUGGCCCAUAUCGAUACCUAG